GAAUUUCAGAUCUGCGCUCUGAUUGGCUGUUUUGAACCGCGAAUCCCUCUCAACUGAACAUUCCAAGACGCGUGGAUGAGAAGCAGCUCCAGCUCCAGCUGAUGCUGGGACCGGCGUACACGCCCCUGCAGCCGCGGAGCGAAACCUGAAUGAAGACGACUAGUUACUGACACACACCUAGACACACACAUUCAACGCUGAAUGUGGACGUGAAUCUCUCUUGUAACUAAUGAUGGCAGUUCAGGCUGGUUUGCAGGCUUGGUUCGGCGAGAAGUUUGAUGUCCCGUUACAGAGUCCUCGCGGCCUGCUCUCUCCCCGGCCCGGCCCGGGUCUGGCUGAUGUGUUCCAUUAUGACCAGUGGUUGGCUGUGCGACACGAAGCCACGCUGGUACCUAUGCAGGAGUAUCUGGCCAUCUGGCUGAGUGGCAUGCUGGGCGAGCAGGUGACAGCCGAACGCUUCAUGGAGGAGCUGGACAACGGUGUCAAACUGUGUUGCCUGGUUGGAAUUCUGCAGAGUAAAAUCCCACAGGACUCGGAAACAAAGCUGCCCUUAAAGAAAAUCCAGUUCAAGAAAAACGCCUCCCCUGGAUCGUUUUUCGCCCGCGACAACACAGCGAAUUUUCUGUCCUGGUGUCGUCACAUAGGAGUGGACGAGACCUAUCUGUUUGAGUCUGAGGGUUUGGUCCUGCAUAAAGAGCCGCGGCAGGUGUGUCUGUGCCUGCUGGAGAUCGGACGGGUCGUCUCCAGGUUUGGGAUAGAGCCUCCGGUUUUGGUUAAACUGGAGAAGGAAAUCGAACUGGAGGAAAGUCUAAUGAUGACUGAUCACUCGUCUCCAGUGAAAACAUUCACUGUGUGCUGUCAGCAUGGAGCCCUGUAUCACGCUGAUUGUGCGGACCAGGACGACCCUCCCUGUAACUGCACACAGAAGUUUUCCAUCGAGUAUCUGUCAGAGGGACGCUACAGGCUCGGAGACAGGAUCCUGUUCAUCAGGAUGCUCCAUGGGAAGCAUGUGAUGGUGCGUGUCGGUGGAGGUUGGGACACUCUGAAAGGGUUUCUGCUGAAAUACGACCCCAAUCGCUUGCUGCAGUUCACCACUCUAGAGCAGAAGAUUCUAUCCUAUCAGAAAGGCCCGUCCGGCCCAGGCCCCGCCCACACCGUGCAGGCCGCGCAGCCGCCCACGAUGGACCCCAUCGCAGCCGUUAACCUCCUCCCAGAAUCAUCCUCUUCAUCGUCAUCCUCCAUGACGUCCGUGUUUAAACCCAACCCGCACACGCCCCGCGGCGUUGCCCAAUCGCCAGCUUCAACGCCCCGCAGCGUCACCCAAUCACCCGCUUCCACGCCCUUAAUGCCUCGUAAGGCUGCCGCACCCAAGAAGAUUUUUCACACACCCACAGCUUCACCGAGAACCACCCCUCUUUCAUCGCCCGUCCCGAAAAGAAGCCCGCUUCCCCAGUCAACCCCGACUGGGGUUUCCCAAAAAGCCCCUUCCGCCACCUCCAAGACCAAACUGCACCCGCGUGGAUCUCCAUCUCAACCUCGCAGUCCCGUCUGUCCCGAACCCACCUGCAAGCUGCCUAAACCUUCAGCCCCACCGACAUCUGCGCAGAAACCUGCCCAGCGCAACAGCCGCCCUCCUCCGGCACCCGUCAGCUCGCGGCUCGCCCAGAGACGCCCUCCUUCCCCUGCCUCCGCCCUGCACUUAGAUUCUAGGAACGGCCGUCCCGUUUCCCCUCGCUUGGCUCCGAAUGACCCCAAACAGACGAUUGCUCUCGCAAAACCUUCUGUGACCUGCAAGAGUAAAUCUGUAGAGCAGAACACAGCUGGUGCUACGCGAACCGUCGCGUCUGUCAACGUUAAAACGACCCAGAGGAAACCUCUAGUCAGCAGUAACCCUCCUGUCCAGAGCACCGCUACUAAACCAGCACCUACGAGCACUACCCACAAACACACGGCACGGACGAAACCCAGCAAACGUGACGAACCCUACUUUGAGAUGAACAGUAAGAGAAGGGUAAAGAACUAAGAAUGCUGGGGUAUUAUUCUGAUGCCAUAUUUAAUUUUAUUUAAGUGAAAAUGAGGCUGUGACGUGUGCAGUCUUUUUGAUUUGUUGUAUGUUUUAAAUGUCAAAAAUACGUUUUCAAACAUUAAAAAUAUGUUUCUAGUGGCCAAGCUAAGAAAAUGAGACCACAACCUAUAAACACACUACACAUCUAUCUUUAACAGCCUCAUUUUCAUUUACAUUAAAUUAAAUAUGACAUAAUCUGUUUUCUUGGCAUCUGACAAAAUGUUCCUCUCAAGCUUUCAUUUGUGCCAUGCUAAAAAUCAUCAGGAUAUGCCUGGAAAUGGAUACAUUUUACAUAAAAAAAAUAAUAAUAAUUUACACGUUUUUAAUUUCCUCUUUAGCUACUGCAAGCAUUUAUAGGUUUAGCUUAAUUGUUUAAAAUCAUGCACGGUUAUCUGCAAACUCAUAUCAUCGUUGUCAUCGUUUGUGUUUAAUAAGUUAUUUUAAGUCAGUUCAUAUCUGUUACGCGAUCUGAUUUGACUCCUUAUUCAGUUAUAAAUGGAUCAACAUCACUUAUUAAUUCCACAAAUCAUUUAUUCGCUGUAUGUCAAUGUACUUCAUAAGAAAAACCAGCAGAAUGUUAUAAAGCAGUAUGUGUGUGUGUUUAAUGUCUUCAUGUAUGAUGCAGAAGCAGAUGCACUGCAGGGCGUUCAGAUCAUGUGAUCACGUAAUGCUUGCAAAUGUCUGCUGUUCUGUUUCCACUUCAUAUUUACAUUAAGAGCACUGUUACUGUAUUACAUAAGAAACACAUGUAGAUGGAAAUCCACUCCUGUCAUUUCAGCUCUGAUCUGACACCCCAUAAUAUGCAGAAACACAUCUCUACGGCAACCAAAUUGAAAUUCAUGUUUGAAUCUUGAAUGGCAUCGUUUUAGAGCACAUUUUAAAAACUAUUUUAGAGUAUUUAGGGUUUAUGUGCUUUAAAUGUGUGUUUGUUGGAAUAUAUGUGUGGUUUAUUAUCAAGAACUGUAUUUAGUCAGGAUGGUUAGUUUGGCAGGUACUGCGGUUUAAUUUGUAUGUUUUAAGUUGGUCAAACAGCCAGCUGUUAUUAAAUGAAAUGCUACCUCCUUUACGCCACACAAAUACUACUGACUCAGUCUUGCCCAUAAACACCUGAGCUUUUAUUUUAUUACACCGUCCAGAACAAUGCUAAAUAUUUUCCAGUGUGUGGCCUAUACAGAAAGGUUUUUAUAAAUAUUAAUUUUAUGUGUAAGAGUAAUUGUUCUCU